AUUUUUUUGAAUAAAUGCUGUAAUCUCUAAACAAAUUAAAAUUACAGGUUAGAGCAGAAAUUGAGAUACUAAAAAUGUGUUUAGACAAAGGGAAAUCAACAACAAUGAUAUAAAUGAUAGAUAAAAAUAAAUAAAGAUUAGAAUAAGAUGGAAAACAAUUGGAAUUGUUAUUAAAAAGAUUAGAGGAGGGAAAUUAAUUAACUUUAAAUGAGAAAGAUAAAUUAGAUACUUUAAAAUUAAAUAUUAGUAAGGUAUUGAUUCAAAAUGAAAAAAUAUAUAAUUCAGAUGAAUAAUUCAAAGAAUUGAUUUCAAAAGUUCCUCGUAUAAAGGAUGAUUAGAGUUAAAAUCAAUCAUUUUAGUAGAGUAGAAAGGAAGAAUCAUCUAUUUAAUUAAAAACAGCAAUAAAGACUAUAUAAUAAACAAAUUAAGAAUAAUAACAACCAUAGGAAGUUUAUUAGUAAUAUUAAAUAGUUAGAAAUAAUGUAGAUAAUUUAAUAUCUGAGAUUUCAAAUUUAAAUUUACGAGUGGAUAAUCAUAAACAUAAUGAUUUAUAAUAAUAAAUAGAUAAAUUGAAAUUAGAAAAUGCAAAAAUGCAAGCCAAUUUCAAAUUGUUAAAAUAGGAUAAUACUGAAUUAUUCUUUAUAAAUAAUGAUAUAAAGAAGAUGAUAUAAUAGAUUGAGAUAGAUAAUGAAGAAAUAAUAAAAUCAAUAAAUGUCUUAAGAGAUUAGAAUAAACCAAUGAGUAAUGCUUAAUCUAGAUUGUCAAACUAUUAUAUACCUUACGAUGAAACCAAAGCAUAAGAAGCAGAUGAAAUUAUGAAUAGAUUAAAGUAAAAUUGA